AUGGGUUUAGGUUUAGGUGAUGCAAAAGAUAUUACAGUGAGGGGGUUAGAAAUAAUAAAAAAAUGUGAUAAAGUUUUACUUGAAGGUUAUACUUCGAUACUAACUGUUGGCAAGGAUGUUUUGGAGGAAUUUUAUCAGAGACCUUUAAUAGUAGCUGACCGAGAACUCUGUGAAAGCAACAUAGAUGAUACUUUAAAAGAAGCCAUAGAAAAAGAUGUAGCUUUGCUAGUUGUAGGGGAUCCAUUAGGUGCAACCACCCAUACAGAUAUGCUUCUUCGGGCUAAGCAAUUUGGUGUUGAAACACAGAUUAUCCACAAUGCAUCAAUAAUGAAUGCUGUUAGUUGCUGCGGGUUACAGUUGUACAGUUUUGGUGAAACUGUAUCAAUACCUUUUUGGACUGACACAUGGAAACCAGACAGCUUUUUUGAGAAAAUUUGUGAAAAUUUUUCAAGAAAUUUACAUACCUUAUGUUUAUUAGAUAUUAAAGUUAAAGAGCCAACUGAGGAGUCACUGACUAAAAAAAUUCGUCAGUAUAUGGAUCCCAAAUUUAUGACAGUUCAAGAUGCUGCUAAACAAUUGGUUCAAAUUAUAGACAAUAAGUUAGAUACAGGUAUCAAGAGAACAAGUAUUGCUGUAGGCCUUUCCAGGGUUGGUGCGCCAGAUCAACGAAUAGCAGUGAUGAGUUUAGAAAAAAUGCUAAAUUUAGACCUUGGACCACCUCUUCAUAGCCUAGUUAUACCCGCUCCAAAUUUACAUCCCUUAGAAAUUGAUUAUUUGGAACAAUUUAGAUAG